UCUUCACGCCAGAUACCCACCAGGGGGAAGAGGAGAAAAAGACCAGAGAGGCUGCCCCUAGUCAGGGAGGCAGUGUCAGGUUUCAAACUCUGCACCAGCCAGUUAGAGAGCAGCGAUGCCAAGGGCCUGCCUUGGGUUACUGGUCUGUGUCCUGGCCCUGCACUGCAUGGUCAGAGCCUAUCCCAAUUCCUCCCCACUGCUGGGCUCCAGCUGGAGUGGCCUGACCCACCUGUACACGGCCUCAGCCAGGAACAGCUACCACCUACAGAUCCACAAGGAUGGCCAUGUGGACGGCACACCCCAUCAGACCAUCUACAGUGCCCUGAGGAUCAGGUCGGAGGAGGCUGGCUUUGUGGCAAUAACAGGUGUGAUGAGUAGGAGAUACCUCUGCAUGGACUUCAGAGGCAACAUUUUUGGAUCUCAUCACUUCAGCCCCGAGAGCUGCAGGUUCAGCCAGCAGAGGCUGGAGAACGGCUACGACGUGUACCACUCGCCGCAGCACCGCUUCCUGGUCAGCCUGGGCCGGGCCAAGCGGGCCUUCCUGCCGGGCACCAACCCGCCGCCCUACUCGCAGUUCCUGUCGCGGGGGAACGAGAUCCCGCUCUUCCGCUUCCACACGCCCGCGCCGCGCCGCCGCCACACGCGCAGCGCCGAGGACGACAACUCGGCGGCCGACCCGCUGGUCGUGCUGAAGCCCCGGCCGCGCCUCACGCCCGCGCCCGCCUCCUGCUCCCAGGAGCUGCGCAGCGCCGAGGACAACGGCCUGGCGCCCGGCGACCUGAGCGACCCGCUCGGCGUGCUGCGGGGCAACCGGCUGGGCGCGCACGCGCGGGGGCUGGGCGCGGAGCGGUGCCGCCCCGCCCCCAGGGCCGCCUAGGACCCGCCCAGGAGGCUUCACGUCCGUGCGCUUCCGAAAGCAGCCGCAGUCUUAAAGGGACAGCUCCCUGUCCGCGCCGAGGGAGGGGAGGUGGGGGGGGAUGAUGUGUGCCACCUGCCGCUUCUCUCCAUCUUUUUCCCUAGGAAAGCCCCCGAGAGCCUGCCUCCGAGGCCUGGGAAAAGGGGUUUCACUGCCUUCCUCGCCCCACCUAAACCACCUUUCUGAAUCCAGCCCCAUAGGAAAAUUCGAAAUGUCUGCUUCACUGCGGAGAGAAAGGAUUUUCCCCUUCCAGAUGCCUCUCUUCUUAAUCAGCUUAGCACUAAAGCCAAAGCUACGGUUUAGUGAGCUCACGGCUCUGUAGGUGAAGGGAAGAGUUCAUGCCAGCAGUCUUCUCCUCUGCCCCUGGCAUUUGCUACCGUGACCCUGUUGGAAUUUGAAUUUCGUAACCUUGAUCCAGGUCACUAACAGCCAAACUGGGCAAACGGGUGGGAAUCCUAAUCUCAAGCCUUUGUUCUUCCUUGAGCAUCUCUGGAGAACAGCUGUCAAAAAGAUGGGUGGGAGCCAGCCAGAACCUAACCAGAAUGCUCCAAGAACCAGGGCAGAAAUCAAGCUAGAAAACUCCAGGGGCCCCAGGCUGGGCGCCCCUGGCGUGCUCUCUCAGCAGCCAGAGCCAGAGGGCAGAGAAGCACCUGCUCCCGCUCAGGGUGGCCAUGGCACAGCCUGGCCUCUGGCCGGGCCUCGGGCUCUAGUGAACUGGGCCUGAGGAAGAGUCUUAGUACCGGUUCCAGAAAAUCUAGCCUGCUAGGAUUUGCUUUUCAAAAUGGAAAUAAAUCCAAAUUCUCCUAAGAGGCUUUUCAUCAAGCUUCUACUUCCAGGUCGAGAGGCAAUUCAUUUUGGAUAGAUUAUAAAAAUGAGACAAUGG